UAAAUCCCGAAAUCUUCUCGUGUCCUUCCCUUCUUACACGAUUACACGCAAAAUCCUCGUCUUCUUCCUUGUCAUCUUCCUCAUUUCUUUCUCGUCCUUCUUCUUUUCUUCUUCUGUAUUCUUUUUCUUCAUUCCUUUGGGUUUAAACAGGGUUUUGUCCUCAGUUUUUGGUUCCUUUCAUUUAACUUUCUGGGUUUCAGUCAAGAGCUCAACGCCAGGGAGAUUUCUGAUAAUCCAGGAAAUAUCAAUUGUAUUGUUGAGGAGGAUCAAGUUGAGUUGAUCAGAUGGAUGAUGCCAUGGAUUACGAGAACAAGAAGGAAAGUAGCAAGCAUUUGACAGAUAUUGAGGUUUCCAACAAGGGAGUUGAGCCUCAUAGCAAUAAGUCUGAAGAUUCUGUAUCAUCAUCAGCAUCCUCAUCACCAUUAUCAUCGUCAUCGACAUCAUCAGAGGUUUUAUCAGGAGAAGAUAUUAUAGAAGUCAGCCAAAAGUCUCAAUCUGGAGAACCCAAAAGUUCAGCAGAUAAGCCCAAUUGUCAUCUUCUUCCUCAAAAUCAAUUGAUUGGGUCAACUGACUAUGACCCAAAUAGGAUUCCAUCAUCUAUUUUUGCUAGCAAACCUGCAUCACCAUUGGAAUGGAGUGUUGCUUCAAAUGAAUCAUUGUUUAGCAUUCCUGUUGGCAAUGGCAGCUUCUCCAGGGAUCAAUUUUUUAUGUUCUAUAAAUCUGGUGAAUUAUACAAGUAUGAUGAAAUGAUGAACCCUCCUGUGCCCCCAUCUCACGGCGCUCCACAUCCAUCUCCAGUCCCUCUUCCAGCUCCGCCUCAAGCUCCGACUCCACCUCCGUCUCCAUCUCCAUCUCCAGCUCUACCUCCAAAUCCAUCCCAACUUCCAGAUACUCUUCCUACUCCUGAUGAAUCACAAGACACGGACAUGAAACCCCAAAAAAGAGAUUCAGAAGAGACAAAAAUGUUGGAGGGGAAGAGUACUCCUAAUUCGGCAGAAACAGAGGUGACAAAUGAUAAUAAAUCACCAGUAGUUUCCAUUGAAACUGAUCAACAAUUGAAUAACAGUGGAGAAAAAAAGGCUACUGCAUCUGGGGAGGCCAGGCAUUCUUCAAGCAUGUCUUGCAGAUCUGAUGGAAGCAAUAACAGCACCUGUUCAUUUGCCUUCCCAGUGCUUGCAGAACAUAAUGAUCAAGGCAAAUACGGGUCAAAUAUGAACGUGGGUUUCCACAUGGGGAGGCAGCAUUCACCGAGGCCGCAGCAUCGUCAAGAUCAGCAGAAGUCGCCGGAGCUGGGAGGUAAUAGAGCCCAGUCUUUGGGACAGAGUCAGGAUUUGCAGCCACAAACGCCGGCAACAACUCCAAAAGCUGACGGCGGCUGGUUUUCUUGCUUCUAUUGUUGCCCAUCACUUCGUUGCUGACGGAGAAUUAGAGUUAAAACAAAAAGACAAAAACCUUAAAUGGCAGAUCAAGAACUUAUCAGUCUCCAGGUUCGCAGACAUAUAAGUCAAACCGACACAACCUUAAUGAUUCUUUCUUCAGCAUUCUCAUCAAACGGUGCAAAACUUCAUCCGAUGAUCUUCUGAAUGAUCAAACUAUCUUUGAAUGUACAAUUUGUAUUGGAGGAAAACACGUAAGAGAGGUCAUUUGAUAUUUGUAUUCUGUUUACUGGUUACAUUUGUAUAGCCUAAUUUGAUUGAUUCUCUUAGGGAGCAGGUGCUUGUUAAUUAGUAUUGAUAGAAAGUGGUAUGUAUAUUAGGAGGGAGUGAUCCAAACAA